GCGCAGUGCUGAGCGGAGCGGAGAGGAGCCCGAGCGGACAGCGCGCGCGCAGCCAUGCGGAACGCCUCGUGCGCGGAGGAGCCGCUGGUGUUCGGCGCGCUGGAGCGCGUGGUGAUCGGCGUGUGCCUGGGCUGCGUGUCGGCGCUGACGGUGAUGGGGAACGCGCUCGUGGUGAUCGCGGUGUGCGUGGUGAAGAAGCUCCGGCAGCCCUCCAACUACCUGCUGGUGUCGCUCGCGGCGGCGGACCUCAGCGUGGCCACCGUGGUCAUGCCCUUCGCCAUCGUCACCGACCUGACCGGCGGACAGUGGCUCUUCGGACAGGUCUUCUGCAACAUCUUCAUCGCCAUGGACGUCAUGUGCUGCACCGCCUCCAUCAUGACCCUCUGUGUCAUCAGCGUGGACAGGUAUCUCGGCAUCACGCGACCUUUGACAUACCCGGCUCGUCAGAACGGACAGCUCAUGGCGAAGAUGAUCUUCGGGGUGUGGUUGGUGUCGGCAUCCAUCACGCUGCCCCCGUUCUGCGGCUGGGCGAAGAACAUCAACACGGCGGGGGUGUGUCUGAUCAGCCAGGACUUCAGCUACACCAUCUACUCCACCGCCGUGGCCUUCUACAUCCCCAUGCUCGUCAUGCUCUUCAUGUACUACAAGAUCUUCAAAGCCGCCCGCAAGAGUGGCGCCAAGCACCGCUUCACCAGCAUCGUCCGCAGCCUGGACCUGCCGCCAGCCCGGGAGAUCCACUGUAGAAAUGAGGCGGUGAGGAUGCACGGUCUGAAGCCUCAGCACCACGGCACCGGCGUGGCGGAGGAAUGUGCGGCGCUGUCCCGGCUCCUCAGCCCAGAACGCCAGAACAUGUCCAUCUUCAAGCGGGAGCAGAAGGCGGCCACCACCCUGGGCGUGAUCGUGGGGGUCUUCUCCAUCUGCUGGCUGCCCUUCUUCAUCCUGUCCACCGCCCGGCCCUUCAUCUGCGGCGUGGAGUGCAGCUGCAUCCCCAUCUGGCUGGAGCGGAUGCUGCUGUGGUUCGGCUACGCCAACUCGCUGGUCAACCCCUUCAUCUACGCCUUCUUCAACCGGGACCUUCGCUCCACCUACAAGGACCUGCUGCGCUGCCGCUACCGCAACAUCAACCGCCGGCUCUCCGCCGUCGGCGUCCACGAGGCCUUGAAGGUUUAGCAAACUGCACCACAUGUCCUGAGGAGCAGAGGUUCCCUCAGUAACUCCAUGACUUCUCUGGGUUCAGACAUUUUUGAACUGGAAACUGGUUUUUCAUUGGAUACUAAACUAAACUCAAUCUUCUCUUUAGAAACUCUGAUGUAGAUGAAAGCGUUUCUGGACCUACGAUGCUUUUUGUUCUUCAGACGCUCUGAUUUGGAUUAGCUCCCUUUUCUGGAUCUGAAACUGAAGGUUUUCGGUAAUGCUGAUUGGAACGAGCCAUUUCUGAACCAUACGCUUCAUUUUUGUAUUUUGUGUUUUUGUUUGUUAGUUUUCUUGGAUGAGAAACUUUUUAACUUUUGUUUUUGUUCAUUUUAAAGUAUUUUUUUUCUGUUGAGGUUUAGAGAUUCUGAUUUUGGACCCUAAGUUUCAUAUUUCACUCCUUAUCAUUUUCUCAGUUUUAUUUUUCUUUCCUUUUUGUUAUUGUUUCUUUUCUCAUUCCUUUCUUUCUUUUAUCCUUCCUAGCUUCUUUCUUUAUUUUUUGUUUCCAUCUUUUUCUCCUUUUUCUUCAUUCCUUUUGAACUUUUGUCUUUCUCUUUUCUCUUCUUUUUCUUUCUUCUUUCUCUCCUCUUUACUUCUUGCUUUCAUACAUUUUCUAAAACUAAUUUAAACCUUAUAUACUUUUUUUGAGAUUCUAAAUUAAAGCUGUUUUUGGACCCUAAAUGUUCUUUUUUUGUGAAGCUGUUCUAUCUGAAGACUCUAUAGACUGAUUUGGACCCGGUGUUGUUUGUUGGGUGUUUAUUUGUGAGUGGGGGGUUGGGGGGUCCUGCAGGGAUGUUGGGGGGUUUAUAAGGGCUAGUGGGUAACAGUGGCUGUAUGGCUGUGCUGAGUAAUAUCAGAGAGACAGACAGAAAGACAGACAGAGAGGCAGGACACUCACCUUGCAGUUUACAGUGACUCAGCUGGGUUAUUCUGGUAGCUGGUGAUGGAGGAUGAACCGGACAGCACCGGACCGGACCAGGUUCUCUGCUUCGGGGUUCUGGCCGUGUUCUGGCCCGGUUCCGGAUGGUUCUGAAGAGCGAAAGGGAAGCUCCCGAUGUUUCUGUUCAGCACAGACAAUAACAAACAUGCUAAUAAUUAUUAAUCAUGUGACGAACUGGAGCUCGUUAACUCUGACAGGAUAAUUAGAGACUCUGAUUGUCCCUCUGUUCCUCUGAUAACAAAAGGAGAUGGAAAAUAUUAGAAUAUAUGUGGAAAUCAAAAGCUGACAAAUAUUACAAUCUGCGUUUUAUACAGUUAAAUUUAAUUUACCUAAAAAAAAAUCAUGUUGAAUAUCAAAUUUUUGAUUCACAAUGAAAAUAUCUGAUAAAAAAAUCUGAUUAACAAAGUUUUAAACAAAAAAAAUCAAGUUUAAAAAAUCUGAGCCACAAUGUUUUCAAAUAAAACA